AAAAAAUCCACAUUCUCUGCAUUCCACACAAGUAGUUAGUGUUACUUUGCUUGGAAGAGCAGUUUGAGAUUAUGUUCCAGUCAUCUCAAAUCUCUUGUUAAAUUCUGAACACACCUUCUCUUUCUCUUUCUCUCUCUAAAGUCUAAACCAUGCCUGUUGUGACAGAAGACAUGAAAUGGAGAAGACCAAGAAGACAGUUGAGGCACCCCAUUUCAGAAACUGAUCCAAACCCUCUCAACAAAUCAUCUCACACCAAAUCCACCAUCUCCUCUCUCUUGUCCUCUUUCUCCACCUCCAGCGAAACCACACAUGCCAGAGACCAAAACAACAACAAAAGUAACAGAAAAUUCUCUGCAGCCACCCUGAGAGGGCUCGGUUGUAGCGCCGCCGCGUCGCAGAAGGUGUCGGUGCCGGCGGUCAUUCGGUCCUCCGCGGAUUGGGAAGGGAAGAGGGGCAGGAAGAAGAAGAACAGUGAUGAUGAUGGGUCUGCUGUGGACUUUCAAGAUGUCUGGUGUGGCCCUGGAAUUGGCUUCUCAACUGAUGCUGCAUCUGCAUCUGUGGACUGUGUUGUGGCUAGGAGGAAUGUGUCUGCAAGAGGAAAACUUGAUAUGGUGGAGAGGCUCACACACAGGGAGCGUCCAUCUUAUUUUGGAAGGCGCACUGUAAAGCCAGAAAGCUUCUCCUUUCUUGAUGAUGAUCCUGAGGUUUUCACAUCACGCCCUGGAUUAGAGCCUUUUCGAACUGCUAGAUUCUAUCGCCAUGUUCCACAUCCUUCUUCUGAAGGUCUUGCUGAGAUAAUGAUAAUUCAAGGAAGAAUAAUGAUGGGUGGACGACUAAACUCACACGACCAAUUUAGAGACUGGAGACUUGAUGUUGAUAACAUGUCAUACGAGCAAUUGCUUGAACUGGGUGAGAGAAUCGGUUAUGUCAACACUGGACUCAAGGAAGAUGAGAUGGGACUCAGCAUAAGGAAAGUUAAGCUUUCAAGUUCAAAUGAUGCACCAAAGCAUCAAAUGGACAAAAAGUGCAGCGUUUGUCAGGAAGAGUAUGAAUCAGAAGAUGAGUUGGGGAGAUUGAAGUGUGAACACAGCUAUCAUUUUCAAUGUAUAAAACAAUGGCUUGUGCAUAAAAACUUCUGCCCAGUUUGUAAGCAAGAAGUUGUGGUUCGACACUGAGUGGCACUAUCCUCAUGUUUUUUACCCUCAAAUUGGUGUAUAGUUUUUUCAUAUGCAAUAUAAGCAAAUCCUCUUUGCAUAUUUUAAAACUCUUGGCUUCCUUAGUGAGGAGUCAGCAAUAUUACUUGUAAGUGUUAUAUUCGGUAAUGGUCUCGUAAUUGGACAAUGUUUUUUGCAUAUUAUACUCAAGGUUUUCAAAUUUGAAUGCUGUCUGGUAAACAGAUAAAGAAGCACUUGCUAUU